AUGCCACAGCGGGCGGGGCCGCCCCCCCCGAGCCCUGACCCCAGCCCUCAGUCGGCUCUCUCGCGUCCCGUGCCAGUGCCAAGGUCCGCCAUCCCCCGCCGUGACUCCGAGCGCCUCUCACUCCGACGCCCCGGCCCGGCCCCGCUCCACGUGCCCGCGCCGCCUGCCGCCGCCGAGCCCACGGACGCGCGCUCCUGCUCCUGCUCCUGCGAAACGCGCACAGACGAAGGCAAAGUGGAGAGUCAGCAGCCGCCCUCGACCCCGCCCCCCGCCUCGCCCUCGAAGCGUGAGGCGGAGGCAGGCGGCAUGGCCAAGCAGGAGCCUCCUCCUCAAGCCCAGAAGAGGGAAGGACAAGGACAACCUCGAGGCGAAGACGAGGCGACGUCACGAAGCCGAACCACCCUGACGACACGUAUCAACAAGGUCGAAUUCCCCGUGCUCGCCGUUCGCUCUUGUGAUGCCCACCGACGUCCCUCUGAUACCCCCUUGGAUGCCCGGGUUCCCUUUGGCCCUCCUCUAUGCCUGUAG